AGCCGAGCAGCCCGCAGCUAGCUGCUAACCCGAGAACCUGCAGGACACUCUUUGUUUUAACUUUUGUUUUUCGGCACAAACCGCUCUUGUUUUCACACGUUCCCUCAGCACAAAGUCGGUGGGACCUUUCCGUUCGUUUCUGCGUGAAUAAGAUGGUCGUUUUGACAAACAGCAACAAUGAAGAGCAGGAUUAUAUCCUGAUAGAGGAGCGCAACUGCUCCUCACUGCCCAGCUCUCCUGCCAAGCGAGUGUCUCCCUCCAAAAGGAAGCAGUUCUAUAUCAACCAAGCCAUCCGCAACUCUGACCUCAUUCCUCGGGCCAAAGGCAAGAAGAGCCUCCGGCGACAGGAGAACGCGCGGUAUCUUACUAACCUGCUCGAGAAGGAUGAGUCCUCCAAAGAUGAGCCGGAGGUUUUCAGUAACCCGGCCAGCCCAUCAAUCUUCACUAGGGCCUGCACCAACGGAAACUACUUAGAGCCGUGGAAUGACUUCAUGAACUGCUCUGGCGAGGAGCAGGAGAAGCUGCUGUCUCUGCUGGAGCGGGAGGAGGCCAAGAAGAAAAAUGCCAACCGACUCCUCAAGGACCAGAGGAAUGUAAAUCCUGCCUUCAGCGCUCAGGAAUGCUUCCACAGAAUCGAUCGCAGGCUGCGAGCAACUCUGAAACGGAAAACGAUGCCCAUAGGAAUGCUGGAAGUUCUUGAGCAAAAUCUUCUGAGCUUCUUUAAUGCUCAACCUCACUCUGUUUACAAAACCAACCUCACCAGCAGCUUUGAGAGACUGCUGCUUCACGCCAUCUGCCAGUAUAUGGACCUCAUCUCUGCAAGCUCCGACUACAAGGGGUCGCGUCAGACCGAAGUGACCAACAAACAGGAAGAGUUUCUGCCUCCUCGGACUCUGCUGUCUGCCUACCUGGAGCACGUGUGCUGAGACCAGGACCUGUUUCCACGUUUCCUCCACAGGACUCCGCUGCAGGCAGGAGCUCUGUGAAAUGUAGAUACGAUGUGCAGUCUGUACGCGACGCCUGUAAUGUCGACCAACCUCAGCAAGUGGAGCGGAGAAGAUCCCCGCUUCCAUUUCCUCUGGUUGGUCUCUGGUUUCUGUAGUAAAUUUUCCAUUACACAUAAACAAAUCAGAGUUCAUGGUAGCGGUGGGUGAGUAGGCUAAACGUCGCAUAUCUUACAGUCACAUUAACGUAAAAGCAUGCUAACUGUAGGCUUGUUCGUUUAUUGCAGUUUGUACAACUCAUAGCACAGCUUCUGACAGAGCACAACUUGACCUGAUAAAAGUCGGUCCUGAAAUAGAGGCUGUGCACAGAAUAACCCUUUAGACGUUGCUUGAACUCGCCUCUUGCACCAGAAUCGCAGAAUUUCACAGUUUCUGAACUGCUGGUGAAGAUUUAAAGGCAGCAUGAGAUGUCAAAGCAGAUUUUCAUCCAGUGAGCAAUCGAUCGUCUUAAAGAACAAAUGAUGCGUCAUUGGGAAUACGAUUAAGGUUUAGAUUUACUCAUGAGUAUAUAGAGAUACGUUUGUUUGUUUGGCAGAAUGUGACAGUAAUUCCUUACAUGUGACACUUGCCGACAGUGAUUGGAGUUUAUUUAUGAGCUGUAAAACCUCGAAGCGGGAGGUUAAUAAUUAACGGGGGGCUGGAUCGGAUCCCAGCUGAGUUCUGGGCGAGAGGCGGGUUGACAGCUUCACACUUGACUCCCGACAAUAUUACCUAAAAAUAAUGGAAAAUUUACUGUACAAGCUCCAGGAUCUGCAGCUGUGUGUGGCUUAGAGAAGCCUGUAGUGCUGAUAACAAAUCACAGUGUAUCCGACCACUCUUAGCUGAAAUCCAUCACUGCCUGAAAGACUCGUCUGUAGGAUUUGUAUACGUAGUGAGGUAUGAAGCAUGAAUACUAGUAAUCUCUCUAUAUGCACACACACAUCACUCAUCAUAGGUAAGAAGUCAUUGUCUUUCAGUAAUGCUUGCAAAUGAUGGUAUUCUUUUACAAUCAUCUGUAUUAUGUAGAGGAAGGAUGUGCUUUGGGGGCUUCUCGGGAUGUCUGUUUCUGCUCUCUUUGUGUCCGCCUGGUGCACCGACACCCUGUCUACACUGCUUCAGUCGUCAUUCGGCAAACAAUACGCCUACAGUUUGACCAGUUAUAUAUCAAUGAAGUAACGCGGUGUAGCGUCUGUAACCGAUGCCGCCUGAGACACAGUUUUAAGUUACAAGUCUGGAACCUGUACAGCCGAGUAGCUGCUGCUGUUGCUGCUUCUUUCGCUGCACGCUGGUGUAGACGAGGUUUCUUUCCAUAAUAGCCACUAUUCAAAGAUAAGGAACUGUCAUCGUUAAGAGCUGUACGUCCAUGUCGAUGUAUUCGAGGGUUUCUCUCAAAGCGCACACUGCUCUCUCUCAGUUUACACAUAACUACAACUUUAACAGCCUCUUUUCUUUUUACAUUAACUAGUAAUGUGAUUUCAAGGUGUACAGUAUGUACAGUAGAUGUGUUACAGUGACAGAAAAAUAACCACGUUCAAGGUUUUUUGAUUUGUAAAUAAAAACCUGCUGAGCUUCGUCUCUCAGGUGUGUUUUAUCUCAACAGUAACAUUUACAACCCCAGAAAAGCUAUUCUGCCUUACGAACACAACUUUCUAUGUUUUGUCUGUACGGAUAUUUCUACAUUUGUACUUUACUGGAUUUUGGAAACGUGUAUCCAGGUUACUUUAAAAAAAAAACAACAAAAAAACUCUAGUUUUUUUUUUUCUUUCUUUUUGUUUUUCCUUUUAGCUGUCGUCGGCAGUGUAACGAAACUUGACAUGUUGGUGCAUUUUGUCAACAACCAAAGUUUGUGUGUUUGUUGAGUGGAAAUCCAACUUCUCAGGCUUUUAAACUUCUCACUCUGAAUGUCAUGUAGUGAUCUCACAUGGUGUCAUUUUCUGUGUACUGUAUCCUCUCUUACGAUGUUUGGAUUACGUCCGCCCCGCCACCGUGGGGCGCUGCCAAAUUUUUAAACAGUAGAAGUAGUUGUGCUAUAAAUCUAGAACUUGAUUGACUUUGUGCCAACGUGUGGAUUGGAAAUGCCUAAAUAGUCUGAGAGCUUUAUACACUUAACUGAAACAUCUUUGUGUAUACGUGAUAUGUGCGUAUUUAUAAUUAUCGCUAUUAAAAGCUUUAAGAUUU